AUGACAAUGAUGAUUUUAUUAGUAGAAGAUGGGAAUGGUCGUGGACAAGUGGCUGGAGUCGGUUUGUUGUCAACUGAAGAACGUGAGGUACUGGAGUGGAUGUUAAAUGAAUUUAAAAAAGACAAUGAAGAGUCAUGUGGAGCAAUAAAGUGCUUAAUGACCGACAAAGACCUUACUGAGCGUGAUGUUUUGAAGGAACUAUUUCCUGGUGUUCCUACUUACAUAUGUACUUUUCAUACGUUGAAAACUUUUAAAAAAGUUGUCAACAGCUCUAAUAUGAAUUUAACUAAUGAAGAAAAAAUAAUAGCGGCAACUAUUUUAGAGAAAUUAGUUUACGCUUCAUCAGAAGAACGUUACGCUGAGUUGUACCUCGAAUUGAAUUUGUCUUGUCCGCUUCAACUUGUCGAAUAUUUCAAAAUUAACUGGCAUAAUAUUAGAGAAGACUGGUCUAUGUAUAGUUUAAUGAAAAAUAACCUUGGAAACAACUAA